AUGUCAGAGGAUAAUAGUAAAGAAGACGACAUGACUAACAAAGACCCUGCUUCCAAGAAUGACGAGGAAUCCGCUUUACAAGAUUCAAAUGUGCCAAAGGAGGAGGACGAGGAGGAGGAGGACGAUGAGACUUCACAGAGUCCACCACCAUCAACUGUGGAGGACGGUGUUGAAUCACCUGAAGAGACUCCUCCUCCUCCUCCUUCAGAUGCUUCACCAAACGCCGAUAGCAUUGCAUCAGAGAAAGAGCAGUCCAAUGAUUCACCAACAAGUGAGAGUGAUGCUCUGGAAAUAAGUGCUAAAGACAAUGUGAAGCAAACUGAUGAAGACCGAGAGGAUGCGGAUGAAGUGAAGGAAAGCAAUGCUGAAGAAAAUGGGAAGGAUUCGUCAACUGCGGUUGAAGAAGAUCAAGAGACUACCCCGGUAGUUGUCGACACAGUGGAAGAAAGUGACGAAACGAAAUCCCCAGGGCAGAUGAUUCAAGAGGAGAAAAUUCAGAUGGCCACUGCGGCUGCCAAAUCAGCUAUUUCACAGCAGGAUCCAACGGAAGAAACUCGGUCAGGGACGACCGCACAGGCAUCACCACCGCCAAAUGAAUCUUCGGUUCCGCUCUCGGAUCCACAACUGUUUCCACUACCACAGCUAGAACCUCAGAAUGAUACGUCACCACCUCUUCCAUCUCCAGCUUCAUCCGUUCCACAGCAACAGCAGCCAGAUCCACUAUUAUUGGUUCAGUCAUCACCACAUGCUUCGCCUACUUCCGCCGCCCACGUCCAGGCAUCAACAACUCCGAUGCAAGCGUCGCCACCAGAGGUAUCGCCCAUGAAUCCUUUUGAGAUGAAUCAGACACCACCACAAUCACAAGCAUUCCCACUUCAAGCAUCCCCUCGGGCAUCGCCAACUCAAUUCAUGCAUCACCAGCCUACUCCAGUAAUGGUAGCACCGCAUCAACAACUGCCAGUUCCAAUGCAGCAAGCUUCACCACAGGUAUCGCCUUCAUCGGCUCCCCAUCCUGGCAGCAUGCAACAAUACCCUCAGCAGCAACCAAUGCAUUUUCAAACAACCCCACAGGUUUCGCCAACUGGAUCUGUGCCUUCUUUUCAACAAGGCAGUCCAGUUCCCCAACCAUUACCAAACCAAAUGCAGGGAUCACCACAGGCCUCUCCUUCGUCACUUCCCCAUCCUGCAAUGCAGACGUAUCAUCCUCAAAUGCCCCCUGUUUCGGUUCAGACAACACCACAGGCCUCUCCCACCUCAUCGGCUCAUACUCAAACUCCAGCCAUGGUAGUUCCACCUGCUCCCUCACCACAAUCCUCUCCAAUCGGUUCGCAGGCAGCAUCCGUACCAGUAUCACAAGUUCAAGUAUCGUCACCGCAAGCCGUAUCACCAACCUCGGCGUUAUCCAAUCCUCCAGAUGCCAGAUCUCCCAAAUCCAAUCACGAGGAAGAUUCACCCACCACUGAAGCUUUGGGUUCACCAACACAACAACAGCGACAAGGGACGGAUGAUGAUGAUGACGAUGAUGAUGACUCGGUAGAAGAUCUGGAACAACCUGGUGGGAUCGGUACUCCUGGUGCCAAGGAUCAGUUCCAUCAAGACCAAUUCAUGGAAGAGUUCCACACCUUUCAAAAGAAAAGUCACUGGGAAAAGUUUACCUACCAGAUUCGAAAUUACACCUGGCGUGAGAAAGUUCCAAUGCUGAUGGGGAUUGUCCUUGCGAUUGUUGGGAUUGGAUUGGUCAUUGGUUACUUUGCUGGAGGAUCGUCUGACAAUAAGGGUGCUAACUUUGUCAUUUCUUCUUCGGAUCAGUGUCAGGCAGUGAUCAAUGGAAAUGCCAUUCCCAAUGAAGAUGACUAUCCAGUCAUGCGAUUGAAUUGGAUUGUCGAUGUUUCCACCUAUCAGGAAUGGGAAACUGUGACAGACCUUACGGCCGAAGUCAAGAGCAAAUUUCAAUCCUUGGUACUUCCAACCUUGGCUGGAUGCAUCAAUGGACCAGACGAUGAUGCAGCUCGGGCUGCCAACUUUAAGGUGGUCAAUGGGUUUGUGAGAAAUACCAGAGACGUCGGAGAUUGUGGUUCCGGCAAACGUCGACCUUGUGCUCGCUUCUACAUUAAUGUGGCUCUUUGGAUGAGAGAAGAAACCAAAGUCAAUGCCUUCUUGACGCAUUUGCUCAAUGAUUUUGGCUACGAGGUGGUCGAAGAGAUUGAAAGCAGCGAUAUGAUUAGCGCGGCAUCCUUGGUCAAUAUCGAGUCCUUUGGUGACAAUUAA